GGAGGAGACUCACUGAUGGCUAAUCACACAGAGGAUCAUGAGACUCAAUACUGCUUUCCUGCCAUCAACUCAUCAUGUAUCAAGGGAAAACGCUCCAGUUUUGAACUUAAUAUUAUCUACAUGUUUGUAUUAUUGCUGUCAGCUUGGACUGUGUUUCUGAAUCUGCUGGUGAUCAUCUCCAUCUCUCACUUCAAGAAGCUUCACACUCCAACCAACCUGCUCAUUCUCUCUCUGGCUGUGGCUGACAUGCUUGUAGGACUGAUUGUGAUACCCAUAGAGGGCAUCAAGCAAAUUGAGACAUGUUGGUACUUCGGAGACACUAACUGUGGACUGUUUGUGAUUAUCGUUAGGUUGCUCCUUAUUACAUCUCUUAGUAAUUUGGUUUUAAUUGCUGUGGAUCGCUACAUGGCUGUGUGUCACCCUUUACUGUACCCACAGAAAAUAACCGUGACUAAAACAUUAAUAAGCAUCUGUCUCUGCUGGUUUUGCUGUUCAGUUUACAUUAUUUGGUUUGUAAUAAGUAACGGAUAUUUUAAUAUGUCAGACAGAACACUGUGUUAUGGCCAGUGCAUUGUUUUGAUUACACCUGCAUGGAGAUUCAUUGAUUUGAUCAUUUCCUUUUUAUUUCCUUGUACUGUGAUCAUCACUGCAUACUUGAGGAUAUUUUAUGUUGUGCAACAACAAGUGAAAAUUAUUAAUUCUCAAAUUAAUGGUGUAAAAUGUGUAAUGGAUGUUUCAGUGAGGAGGAAAACUGAAAACAAAGCUGCUCUGACAUUAGGAAUCAUUGUGACAGCGUAUCUGCUGUGCUGGAUUCCAUUCUAUAUCUGUUCUUUAACAAAAACCACAGCAAUCUCUUCCACUACAUUGACAUUUCUAACAUGGACCUUCCAUAUAAACUCAGGCCUGAAUCCUAUCGUCUAUGCUUUAUUUUACCGCUGGUUUAAAAUAUCAGUUAAACACAUUGUAACUCUUAGAAUUUUUCAGCCAUCAUCCUCUAUGAUGGACAUUUUUACAGAUUAUCAUUCAUGA